CGCUCGCGAGGAGGUUUGGGCCGGCCCGCGAGCCGUCGCCCCGCCCCCGCUCCGGAUUGGCCCGGCUCGGCGCGGCGUUUAUUCUCGCGGCUGCCGUGGAGCCGGGGCUGCUGUCGUCGCCGCUCCUGUUCCGCCGGCUGCCCAUUGGUCCAGGUCGGGCCCAAACACCCCACCCCUCAGCUGGCCGGGACCCUGCCGAGGCCGGCCGGGUUAGCCCGCCCUCCCAGCCGUGGAUUGGCCCGCGGCAGGACCCGUCGGUCGCAGUUGUGUCUGGGAAGGAGAGAAAAUGGCGGCGGAACCGAGCAAGACCGAAAUCCAGACUCUUUUUAAGAGGCUUCGCGCAGUUCCAACCAACAAGGCCUGUUUCGACUGCGGCGCCAAGAAUCCGAGUUGGGCCAGCAUCACGUAUGGUGUUUUCUUGUGCAUUGACUGCUCUGGGGUGCACCGCUCCCUGGGCGUCCAUCUCAGCUUCAUCAGGUCCACAGAGUUGGAUUCCAACUGGAACUGGUUCCAGCUGAGGUGUAUGCAGGUCGGCGGGAAUGCCAGUGCGACUGCUUUUUUCCGCCAACAUGGAUGCACGGCCAACGAUGCCAACACCAAAUAUAAUAGCCGAGCCGCCCAGAUGUACCGGGAGAAGAUCCGGCAGCUGGGGAGCGCAGCCCUGGCUAGGCAUGGCACCGAUCUUUGGAUAGACAAUAUGAGUAGUGCUCCUAGUCACUCCCCGGAGAAGAAGGACUCUGAUUUCUUCAUAGAACAUACUCAACCCCCUGCCUGGGAUGCGUCAGCCACUGAGCCUUCAGGGACCCAGCAGCCAGCCCCUUCUGAAGAGAGCAGUGGCCUGGCACAACCAGAGCACGGCCCGAACACAGACCUGCUUGGCACCUCACCCAAAGCCACUCUGGAACUGAAAACCUCCAUCAUUGGCAAGAAGAAGCCAGCAGCAGCUAAGAAAGGGCUGGGUGCCAAGAAGGGCCUCGGGGCUCAGAAGGUGAGCAGCCAGAGCUUCAGCGAGAUUGAGCGGCAGGCCCAGGUGGCAGAGAAGCUCCGUGAGCAGCAGGCAGCUGAUGCCAAGAAACAGGCUGAAGAGUCCAUGGUUGCCUCCAUGCGUCUGGCCUACCAGGAGCUCCAGAUUGAUCGUAAAAAAGAGGAGAAGAAGCUACAGAAUCUGGAAGGGAAGAAGCGAGAGCAGGCAGAGAGGUUGGGCAUGGGCUUGGUAUCACGAAGCUCUGUCUCCCACUCGGUGCUGUCUGAGAUGCAGGUGAUCGAGCAGGAAACCCCAGUGAGUGCAAAAUCCUCUCGCUCGCAGCUGGACUUGUUUGAUGAUGUUGGUACUUUCGCCUCUGGACCCCCAAAGUACAAGGACAACCCUUUUUCCUUGGGGGAAAGUUUUGGUUCCCGCUGGGAUACAGAUGCUGCCUGGGGUAUGGACAGGGUAGAGGAGAAGGAGCCAGAAGUGACCAUCUCAAGCAUCCGGCCUAUUUCAGAAAGAGCCACAAACCGGAGGGAAGUGGAAAGCCGGACCUCAGGCCUCGAGUCCAGUGAAGCACGUCAGAAAUUUGCAGGAGCCAAAGCCAUCUCGUCCGACAUGUUCUUUGGGCGGGAGGUGGAUGCUGAGUAUGAAGCCAGGUCUCGGCUACAGCAGCUCUCAGGCAGCAGCGCCAUCAGCUCUUCAGACCUCUUUGGGGAGAUGGAUGGAGCUCAUGGAGCAGGAAGUGUGUCUCUGGGGAAUGUGCUCCCUACGGCUGACAUUGCCCAGUUUAAGCAGGGUGUUAAGUCUGUGGCUGGGAAAAUGGCUGUGCUGGCCAACGGUGUGAUGAAUUCGUUGCAGGAUCGCUAUGGUUCCUACUGAUGCAAGCUCCAUGGCUCAGGUGUAUGGUGGUGACAGCAGCCAGAAGCCCAUGAUUCCCAGGCCAGGGAUGCUUGCCUUGUGGAAGCCGGGGAGGAUUUGUUACUUUAUACAUGUGGUGUGUGAGUGGGGUGGCCUUAGAGGACCUUGGGCGAGGGAAAUGGUCAGUACCAGCCCUUGUCCUCUGCCUGUGGAUUGAGCCCUUUGUUCUCUUACCCUCACACCCCCUCCUCUGUGUGCCAGAUUAUUGUCCUCCUAAUUCUGCCCCCACAGCUGCUGCUCACUUGUCCUGCCACACUGGGAGUGAGGGGAGGGAGUUCUCUUGGGAUGGCUCAUUCUAGGUCCAGUCCUUCCUCAAGUAGGGAAAGUGACAAGUGUGAAGCAUGUUUGCUGGCUCUGGGAUCCUUCUAGGUAGUCUGAGGGCUUGGGCCUCCGACCUCUGGAACCAGGGGGAGGCCUAGGAAGAGUUCUACUAUAGACCAGUCCCCCAGGGGAGAGAGGCCAUGGACUUGCUGCUGCUGCUGCUAGGAGCCUCUUCUGGGUACCAGGAGAGGGGAGGGGAGGGGAAGGAUCUUCAUCUGGGCCUUACCAAGGGCUAGAAACUUUACCUGGUACCUAAAGGUUUCAUUUAGGAUCAGACUGGAGGCCUGAGUGAUCCCUGUAUCACCACCCCUUUUUUCAGUAAUCCCACUUGGAGGAUUACUUCUCCUAGGUGUCUCAGAGUCCUGCCAUACCAUCUACUGUGGACCACAGGACCCUCUGUCCCCUCCCGAGACUUUCCCCUGUUCCUUCCCCUGGUUGGUGGCCAUAGUGGAUCUCCUCUGCCGUGUCCUGACUCUGGAUGCUGUGAGUGUGAUACUGGCCAAGGAAGCAGAGGACGUGAGGGAUAGAAGCAGGCUCCUGGGGCUCAACUUUCUUCCUCGGCUUAGGGGGGCCUGGACAGCACCCCACCGGCGAGAGCUUGAGGGCCUACAGAGCUGCAGGCCUCACCCUCUGGCAGCUGGGCCAUGCACUGUGUCAUUCUUGGUGCCAUCUUCCCCUGCCAUACUGGCAGUCUGGGCCCAACCUCCACCUUCGGGUUGUAGGUUGGACUCCCCAGCAACACAGACCACUCUUCCCCUCCCCCUCCCCCAGAGGGACGUGACUUUCUUUCUGGACUAUUUGUAUUGAAACAAAGUGGUGUCAAAAUAAAGUCCCCACAGGGCCCUGGGUCCCUGUUGGUCUGAAUGCAG